CAAUCUUGCUCUUUCCCAUGUCGUUCAUUAGGUGUCUUUCUAUCAUUGUCAAUCGAUUUUUUUCCACCCAUAUUUCGCGUCGACUCGCGAGUUGCGCCGUGUUUGCGUCCAAAAUCGGACAGCUUCCCCCGCGUUCAUUGACACGAGAUAACAACGCUUAGCUCGACUACAUCUUGGAACUGUACCGCUGACAAGGCCUAGCAUCACAUUUACGCUUAAUCUCUCAACUUAACACGCGUCUUUUCAAUACGGCAAGAUGCCUCCCGCUGCUCGUACCGCUAGGUCACGCAUCGCCACAAACGAAAAUGAUGAGAACACCACUUCGACGCGUUUGACGCGUGCCAAGGCCGCCGCUCUUGAUGCCAAUGGCGCUCAACCCACCAAACAACCACUCCAGUCCAAGCGCUCAGCGGUUAACGCAAACCCUACUGCCGGCCGAAGACGUGCUGCUCUUGGAGAUGUUAGUAAUGUAGGCAAGUCUGACGCAGUUGAAGGAAAGAAGCCUCUUGGUGGUAAGACCAGUCUGGUCUCCAAAGCCUCUGCGCCUACUGGCAUUCAGAAGGCCACAACUCGACCAGCGUCAGCACGAGCUGUCCUCAAUGCCAAAGAGACGAAAAAGGCCGAAGUCAAGCGUACUGGUUCUGGGUCAGGGGCUAUUGGUGCUGGCUCCCAAAAGAGAAAGAUUGCUUCCACCACAACAACUAUAAAGACAGAUGUUCUUGCCGAGGAGAAUGAGCCCUCUCGCAAGAGACCUCACACCUCGGAAAACGAGCAAAAGAAACAAGUAGUCAAGGAGUCAAAAGCUGUCAAGGUAGAGCAGGUUGAGGAAUAUGUCGAGCCUCAAGUAGCUGUCGAACACGAAUACCCCGCUGGAGUCAAGGAUCUGGACAGCGAGGAUUUGGAUGAUCCCUUGAUGGCAGCUGAAUACGCAAACGAGAUCUUCGAAUACCUCCGUGACCUCGAAGUCAAGUCAAUCCCCAAUCCCAAUUAUAUGGACCACCAGGACGAGAUCGGCUGGCGGACACGAGGUAUCCUCAUCGACUGGCUUGUUGAGGUUCACACACGAUUCCACCUUCUUCCUGAGACCCUAUUCCUGGCUAUCAAUAUUAUCGACCGUUUCCUUUCUAAGAAGGUUGUGCAACUGGAUCGCUUACAAUUGGUCGGCAUCACUGCCAUGUUUAUUGCAUCAAAAUAUGAAGAAGUUCUUUCACCCCAUGUUGCCAACUUCAAGCAUGUUGCGGAUGAUGGCUUCACCGAGGACGAGAUUUUGAGUGCAGAGCGAUUCAUUCUUGGUACUCUCAACUAUGACCUCAGUUAUCCGAACCCCAUGAACUUUCUUCGUCGCAUCUCCAAGGCGGACAACUAUGAUAUCCAGACUAGGACGAUCGGGAAGUAUCUUAUGGAGAUCAGUCUCCUCGAUCAUCGAUUUAUGGCAUACCGCCCUAGCCACGUUGCUGCCGCUGCUAUGUACCUAGCACGCCUGAUUUUUGACCGUGGUGAAUGGGAUGAGACAAUUGCUUAUUAUGCUGGCUAUACAGAGGACGAAAUUGAGCCCGUUUUUGAGCUCAUGGUCGAUUACCUCGCUCGUCCGGUUUGCCACGAAGCAUUCUACAAGAAAUAUGCUAGUAAAAAGUUUAUUAAGGCAUCCCUGGUUACCCGCAGCUGGGCCAAGCAGAGUGCUCCUCUCUUCGGCAUCCAUGACACCCAACUGUCUCUGGACGAGUUAUUCUCAUAGGCGGAUUCACAUCUUGUCGCGCAUUCAUUCUCCUCGACACUUAAUCAUACCACUAUUUGCGAGGCAACGUUGAGCGUGCUAGGAUACCCAAUUACUUAUUGGAUGGCCUUACGAUAAUUGAAUUACGUUUUCGAUCAACAACGCCCAUUGCUUUUCUGGGUGAGCAUCCUAUCGCGAUGGCGCUCUUGGUCUCGUGCUGCUGUCAUACUUCUUGGGAAUGAUUUUGUGUGAACGCAAUCGAGUGCUCCAUUCCACUUUUUAUUUCUAGUGACAACCUGUGGUUGUCUUGCACAUUUUCAGCAUCUGUUUUUGUCUGGGCUUGGCUGUAUUGGGCAUAUGGCGUCAUCGGUGGCGGUGUUCGGAGUAUGCAUUAGGGAAGCGGCUCUUAUCAUGAUUCACACGGACUUCAUCGAUC